UAUCCCGUUGAUUUACAUAAAUAACACCGCCCAUGUGGGGCGAAACGUGAUAAUCCUCCGACUCGGGUGACUUUUUAAAAGGAGGGGAAAAAAAGAAGAGAAACCUAAAAAGUUUGAGAGAGUGAGCGUGGCAGAGUGUACAGUUCCUCGAGCUGCGGUCAACGAAAGCCGGCGCUGGGUGGACUCUUCUUACCCUGUUUUUGGAUUAUAAAGUAUGGAUGCUUUGAAGUCGGCAGGAAGGGCCAUUAUUCGGAGUCCGAGUCUCGCUAAACAGUCAUGGGGUUCUGGAAAACACAAAAAGCUGCCGGAGAACUGGACGGACACCAGGGAGACGCUGCUGGAGGGCAUGGCCUUCAGCCUCAAGUACCUGGGCAUGACCCUGGUGGAGCAGCCCAAAGGGGAGGAGCUAUCCGCCGCCGCCGUCAAGAGGAUCGUCGCCACGGCGAAGGCCAGCGGUAAGAAGCUGCAGAAGGUGACGUUGAACGUCUCCCCGCGAGGGAUCGUCCUCUACGACAGUGCGUCCAAUCAGCUGAUUGAAAACGUCUCCAUAUACAGAAUAUCGUACUGUACGGCGGACAAGAUGCACGACAAAGUGUUCGCCUACAUCGCACAGAGCCUGCAGAACGAGACGCUGGAGUGCCACGCCUUCCUGUGCACCAAGAGGAAAGUGGCCCAGGCGGUGACUCUCACAGUGGCUCAGGCCUUCAGAGUGGCGUUCGAGUUCUGGCAGGCUGCCAAGGAAGAGAAGGAGAAGAGGGGUAAAUCGGGGUCGGACGGAGAGGGAGCCAGCAGUUCUCAGUCAGAAAGCUCGGCCAGUCUCUCCAGCUUGAAAGGAGGCGAGGUUGCCACGGGGACCCUGCUGGAUCUGGAGGAGGGAGCCGUGUCAGUGGCGGACGUGGGCCACAGGGGGGAGCCCUUAACAGCGCACAACCAUUCCAGUGAGAACAACAACACCGUCUGGGAACUGGAGGACGGUCUGGACGAAGCCUUUUCAAGACUCGCUGAGUCUCGCACUAACCCCCAGGUCCUGGACAUUGGGGUGACGCCUCAGGACUUGAACACGGACGAGUGCCUGUCUCCCUCCGACUGGGACAAAGCCGAGGCCGGCGCCAGCGACAGAGACGACAUGCUCGGCUUCUGAGGGAGCCGUUGCCACGGAGAUGAGAGGAGGCGGGAGGAGAAGGGGAGAGGCGCAGGGCCGGUCUUACUCCGAGGCCCCACCACAAGCCCCACCUACUGGGCUCUAGCUGGAAGGGCAACUGAGAGGAUCAUAGUGGCGUGUGCUUCCGGAACUCUCAUACCAAAGCAAUAAAAAUGUUAAUUUUUUCUUUUUUUUAAUUAUUCUUUUCUUUUUUUUUUUUAAAGUUGUGCAGUGAUCACAGUUCUGGUCCUUGUUACAGUCGACAAGCAUUUUAUUUUCUUUCUUUUUUAAUUUUAAUUUUCUUUGUUGUUCUUCCAGUUGUCUUUAUCUAUGUUCGUAUGUGUAUCAAAAGCAAGUGAGUGUGUGUAUAUAUAUAUAAAGUAUUAUAAUUUAUCACCCACCUCGAUUACUUAAGUUGGACACGUUAUUCCACUGUUUUGAUAUCCGUUCCUCGCUGACGGAGGGAACCCGGAGAGAGAGACUGUGUCCAUGCAGGAGUUAAAAUGGCCGCUUUCCCUCUCUGCCAAAGAUGGCGUCCGGCCGGCCAACGUUAAGCGCAAGGAGGCGGAUCUGUAACGUCAGCGCAAACGGCGCUGGGAAGCGUUCCUCUUUGCCACGCGUCACGAGCCUCUCCGCUUGUCAUCGUCUUCGCUCUUUUCUUUGUCUUCUUCUUCUUAUUCUCUGGGAGUGCACUCCUCCGCCACGGGCAUUUGUGUCAUUUGAGUUUUCAUUCUGAAGUAAGCUAAACGCAGUCGUAAGAGAGGGGUGGGGGUGGGGGUGGAGAUGGAAGUAAAAUAAAAAAAAGUUUGACUUUGGCCAAAAUGCAUCCUGUUGCACUCUGGGAAAUUCACUUUCUUCCUGUAAGGGGUUAGGGUUCGGGUGAGUUGCAUCACUAAGGGGAUGUGUUAGUCCCUCAAAGGGAAGCUCGGUUUAUUCAUUUUGGGUUUAAUGGUUUAAUGUCGCUAUAACCCCCCCCCCUCCCCACUAAAUGCUGUUGAACUGAUUCCAGCACCCCUGGUUUCAGCCUUGCCUAAAAUAAAAGAAAAAUACAUUACCAAAAUAGGCUCGGGAAUGGUGGUCUGUCUUGUCUUCACUUGCUUUGGUCGUUGUAGCUCUUGUAACAGGAUUUCUUUAAAAAAAUAUAAUUUUAGAAGCUGCUGGCUGCCGUGCUUUGGGAGUGGGGGUGGGAGUGGGGGUGGGGGUGGGGGUGGGGGUGUGGGUGUGUAAAAGGAAUCAAAGAUUUUAAUCAUGCCUUGAAGCAGAAAGUACACGUUCACCAAAUGGGCAAAGUGUCAUGCACUUACAAACUAGACAAUCCCUUUAUAUAUUUUUCAAUGGAAAUGUAUUUUUUACACUUCCCCCCCCUUUCCUCCAUAGCACUUUUUUCUUUUGUCUUCUUUUUAAAUAAAAUUUCAGGGACAUAAUUUCCUACCUGACCCAUGCCGCUGGUGGAUUUCUGUCACAAGGGUGCGUGCUAAUAUUACUUCUUUUUUUUUUUCCUCGUCAGUUUUUGACGAAUUUUCUCAUAUUUCCUCCUACGGGGAGCCGGAGUGGAUUGUGACUAGAAGUCAGAUCACUCAGUGUUAAUAUAUUCUUCUUUUUUUGACAUUGUUACAUAUUAUUUGGAAUUAAUUUAAAUAAUUACAUAAUAUUGUCUGUGUCAUGUUAUAUUCCCAUUGAAUUUAAUAAAAGAUACCUAUAUUAGCUGAAA